AUUUUGAAACGCUACCGGGUGUUGAACUGAGUGUAGCGCGUGCGAUUAAUAUUAAUUAAUACGAUUUAAGGUAUUAUUAUCGAUCUGUAGUUAUUAUUUGUGCGUGUGUUUGUUUUGUUUAGUGAAUGCCGAGGUAAUUUCUGAGUUACACGGAUUUAUUUGCUUUGUAAAAUGAGCAGCAGAACAGCGCGAGCUGCGGCCACUGGACUGACGAACAACAACAUCCAGAGCAGAAAGUCAGACGGAGGCAUCCAACCACGCAGGAGAUCAGCACGGCUGUCUGCUAACGGAGAAAACAUGCCUCCUAAAGCUGAGGCUCCGUGUGUGCCUGUCAAACGAUCGAUCACUGUGAGGAAGAUUGUACCAAGGAAAACCCAGGCCACAUCUGAGCCUAAUAAGGAAAAUGUGGAGAAGAGAGUAUCUGGUGAAUCUACAAAAAGGUCCAAGGUCUCAAGUCCAACCCAAACUGAGACAGGUACACCCAAACCCAUGAUCCUCUCUCCCAUCCAGGCCUCUGCGUCCCCACCUCCCCGAACAGGACAACCGGAGCAGGACCCUGUGUGGUCCCACAAAGUACGGCGCUCGUACAGCCGCUUGAGCAUAGGCGACCGCUCGUUUGAGAGCCCCAAGCCUCAGUCUGCCUCGUCCCCCACCCGCAGAGAAACUCUGUUCGGGUUCGAGAGACUCCAGACCCCAGAGGUGAUCCGAAAAGCUGACGUGUCCAGAAGAGCUUCUUCUUCUACGUGCGCCAGAUCCUUCAACCUUUCGGCAGCUGACGACAGCUUUGCUAACUCUCCCGAGCCUGAUCUGAACAUUCCUGGGGUUUGCCUGGUGAAGAAGAACACACGGAGGAAGAAGGUUCAACAAAUAAAGAUGUCAGAACUGGACUUUCUAGCUGCAAAGAUGAAUGCGGAGUUUGAGGAGGCGGAGUGCUUUGAGCUGGUGGUAGAGUGACACGCCAGAACAGCUACAGAUACGGUUCAUUCCCCAGGGACAAGUGAACAGAGACGCAAUCCUGCUUCAGCAUGAAUUGCUUCUGUACAAGAGUUCAUAUCUGAGGACUGAUUCAGCAAAGUUGUUGAUUAAAGAUCUGGAGAAAUGGAAUAAGCCGUGACGUUUGAGGGUAAUUUUGCUCUGUAAUAUGUUGUAGUAUUUCUCUUUCCUUUCCAUGUCAAUAAAGCAGAUCAGACUGUAUGAUUAUUUAACCUAAGGUUUAAAUUUGUGCUUAUUUUCCUCGUACCUUCUGAUGUCAAAACAGAUAUAAGCAGUGCUACCUGUUCUAUUUUCAUGGUUUUUAUUUUUCUCUGUCUAAUUCUGUAGAAGUGUAGUUCCGUUCUUGUUCAUCAUUAGGACAUGAAACAUGGUCGCUUAUUUUUAAAGAUGUUCUAAUGUUGUAUUAAUGCUUUGUAUUAACUAAACCAAGCAAAAAAACCCAACUCAUUUUGACUGAUUUUUCUCCUUGUUUACUGUUGUCUUUAUAAUGCACGCUACAUUCAGCUGUUCACUCUAUUAGACUAUCCUUUCAAAGCAUCAAGGAAAUUUAUCGCUAGAUUAGUUGUUCAACGUGUGGUUGAUGGACUUUUUAGCUCAUCCGGCUGCAGGCCAGGCCAGAUGAGCUUGUGUGAUCACGCGUCGCCCAUUAUCGUCUGUCCACAAUUUACAAAAAUCGCUACUCGUCCUACAGGAUUGAUCGGAUUUCGAUCAAACUCAUAUACAGUGUUCCCCAGGUGGCUGUGCAUAAACGUUGUCGACAGUGGCGCCACCUGUCAUAUUUACGAUUUUAUAGGUGUCUGAAGUUUUUGGGUGACUCGUCACAUUAAACGCUACUGUUCGUAAACUGCUAGGAUGUUUUCACUGAAUCACCCAGAAGACUCUAAAGACAUGUUCCAACAAGAAUUGUUCACCAGGUGGCGCCACCUGCCACGGAUACAGCUACAUAAGAAUUGUAUGCAAUUUCAUAAAAAUUGCUACUUCUCCUAUAGGAUUGAUUGAUUGGAUUUCAAACGCACACAACAACAGUGGCUGGUAUGAGCUCCAGCGUCAUUGAGGCUUUUUUUUUUUUAAAUAUGAAGAUGAGUCAAAUGAAAACCUUAAAAGUGCAACAUAAAUUAGACACACAGACUGUUUGUUUUUUACUUGAGGGAUCCAGACAUUCAUUAAGUACUGGAAAUGUAGAUUAUAGAGGAGAAAAAUGCUCUUUGAUGACAUCUAUUUACAAUUAUCAAUGCAAAAUAAAAAUGGUUUUCAAUUAACUCAUCCUCGUAUGUGUAUGAAGUUCAGAUAUACAUUCAUAGACCUCUUUUUUUUUUUUAAUUAGGAACACUUGUAUACCUACUUUCCAUGUUGUGAUCAACUCAACCAAUCACAUGGCUGAAAAAAGACUAUGCUUUUCCAGUAUGGGUGAUCCUGCACCUACUGUAGCGUCAGAUUCCUGUUCUUGGUUGACAGGAACUUGAUGUGGUCUGCUGUUGUAGCUCCUCCGCCACAGGGUUUGACAUGACAUGCAUUCUGAAAUGCUUUUCUGUUCACCAUGGCUGUAAAGAGUUAUUAGUGUGACCAUAGGCUUCCUGUCAGCUCGAACCAGUUCUCCGAACUCUUUCGCUCACAAGAUGUUUCCACCCACAGAUCUUCCUCUCACUGGAUGUCAUUUUGUGGAAAAAAUUAUAAGCUGUUUUAUUGGAACAACUUUAUUCACUGAGCUACUGCUGCAUGAUCAGCUGAUUGGGUAAUUGGAUGAAUUAGCAGGUAUACAGAUGUUCCUAAUAAAGCUUGAAGGUAAUAAGGCAACAACAAAAACCAUCACAGUCAUGUUACCGGAAAACUGGAAAGUGCAAAGUCCUCACUCCCAUGGUAGAAAACUUGCUCUUACAGUAUAAACCAGUAACACUGGAAAGUCAUUUCGUAAUCAUGAAAUAAACAUCUCCAGAAAUAAUAAUAAUAAUAAAUCUGUUGUGGUUUGUUAUUGAAAUUACUACAACUGACAUUUUGGUAAAGAAAAUGAUAUAUCAGAAUACCGAUAUAUUGCCCCUCACUCCAAUUAAAAAAUGAUUUGAGCAAAAGUGAAUUUUAAAUAGAGACAAAGAAAAAUUUCUAGUUAGGUUUCUUUUGUUAAAGUAAGUCUUUAUAUCGUGUCUCCAACAAAGCCGACAAAGAAAUGUCCUCCUUACAGAUUCAUAAUGGGAAUAAUAGGCAAAUAACAGACAUGAACAUGUCCGUAUGUUUUGUCCAUAUCUGCACUGACAGUUCAUGGUGUAACUUUGUUGGUGUCCUUCCUUUCUCUUUGCUGGAGGGUAACAUCACUGUUCUAGUGUCAUUGAUUAUCCAGGAAGGAUGUGCUGUAUUACACAGCUGACCAUUGAUUGGUUUGUAGGGGACUAAAAGACAAAUGGAAGCUGAGAAGCCGAUAUCAGAACAGCUCGCCUUAGUUGAAAUGGGAACAUUUGUGACAGAUGUUGCUCUUAUGCUGAUGCUGAUUGUAAUUUUUAGAUUUAAAUGAGUUUUAAUCCAAUCUGUGUGAACGGGUCACGUUUUCUUAAAAACAUUCCUUAUGUGCUGUAUAUUUUGGCUACGGAAACCCUAAACCAUAAAAUAUAUCAGACUACAGUACUAUGUUACUUAUUAAU